AUGAAUAGUAGUAAUAGUAUUAUGAGAAAUAGAACAUUUGAAAUGAAUAAUAUUAACGAUGGUGAAGAAUGUGAUUCCAUCGUGAAUGAGAAUAAUUCCAUCACUUUCUAUAAUGAACCUCCUUUUAAUCCAUCAACAAAUAAAGUAGCUGUUGAUAGACAACAAUUUACUAAUUUCGUUUUACCCCCUUUACAACAACCACUCGUUAAUAAUCAAAAACAAGCUUUACGUUUAGAACGUAAUCGUUUAGCAGCCAAAGAAUGUCGAGAACGUCGUAAGGAUUACAUUAUCCGAUUGGAAACUCGGGUUGGAAAAUUUGAGGAGGAAAAUGAAAUCUUAAGAAAGAAGAUUCGUGAAACAAAAAUUCGGAUUGAAUUAUUUGAAAAAAAUUUAUUGGAACGUAAAGAGUUGGAACAAAAGGUUUUAGAAUUACAAGAUGAAUUAUGUAAGAUCAAAACGUAA